GGAAGUGAAGCGGUAGUGUUUCCGGGUGUGUUUGUGUGUGUAGGUGCUGUUGGUCGGGUUAUUACUGAUUAUAGAUUAUUGAUUAUUAGUGAGUGUGUGUUGGGUAUGUCUCGCGGGUCGAGUGCGGGGUUUGACCGCCACAUCACCAUCUUCUCCCCGGAGGGAAGACUCUACCAAGUCGAGUAUGCUUUUAAGGCCAUUAAUCAGGGGGGUCUGACCUCAGUAGCUGUGCGUGGGAAGGACUGUGCGGUUGUUGUCACACAAAAGAAAGUACCAGAUAAACUGCUGGAUUCAGCUACUGUCACUCAUUUAUUCAGAAUAACAGAGAAUAUCGGCUGUGUGAUGACUGGAAUGACAGCGGACAGCAGGUCUCAGGUACAGAGGGCUCGGUAUGAAGCAGCGAACUGGAAGUAUAAGUACGGGUACGAGAUCCCGGUGGACAUGCUGUGUAAACGCAUCGCUGAUAUCUCUCAGGUCUACACCCAGAACGCUGAGAUGAGGCCGCUGGGCUGCUGUAUGAUCGUGGUGGGCGUGGACGAGGAAUGCGGGACGCAGGUGUAUAAAUGCGACCCUGCAGGUUAUUACUGCGGAUUUAAGGCGACGGCUGCCGGAGUCAAACAGACAGAAGCCACCAGUUUCCUGGAGAAGAAAGUGAAGAAGAAGUUAGACUGGACCUUCGAGCAGACGAUAGAGACUGCAAUCAGCUGCCUGUCCACAGUUCUGUCCAUCGACUUUAAGCCGUCGGAGCUGGAGGUGGGGGUGAUCACCACGGAGGAGCCCAGGUUCAGGAUUUUAUCCGAGUCUGAAAUCGAUUCCCACCUGGUGGCGCUGUCUGAGCGGGACUGAAGGGGGCGCUGUUGUCUGUGAGAGUCGGUAACUGAAGCACUACAAACAUAUCCUCAGUAUUUCAGGCCCUGCACCCCCCCACCCCCCCCCCCCCGCUGCACUCCGCCCCCCUGUUUAUUCUGCUUUUUCAUGCAACACUUAAAUAAAACCAAAACGUUCUGGACGAGUUAA